AUGAUGUCGCAGCCGAGGAGCAAUGGUGCUCGGAGCGUCCGGAGACGUCGGUGUUUCGGGAAUCGCGGAGGAGCAGAUGAAAUGCCGGGGAACAUGAGCAAAGAGGAUGCCCCGAGUCGGAGCGCUUCUUUGACGUUCACCAUUGACAACAUCCUGAACCUGAAGCAGCGGGACAGAGGCGACUCGGACAGAUCGAAAGAGCAGAGGGACAGUGGAUGUAAGGAGGAUUUACAAGCACGGUAUGAUAAGGUGUGGGACGUCCGGAGGAGGCAUGACAGCGGAUCCGACGAGACAGCGCAAACGAAGCCCAGAGUCCACCGUGCAGACCGCGGGGAAAUCACACCGCCGCUGACCGCCGGCUCCAGUCCCGGGGCGCAAAGUGCGCACACCGCCGAGGACGCGUCCGAGCAGCAGGAGCAGCAGCAGGCCAGCGCGGACUCUAAAGCCAUGGUGAAGAAGAAAACUCGCACCAUCUUCUCCAAGAGACAGAUAUUUCAGCUGGAGGCGACUUUUGACAUGAAGAGGUAUCUGAGCAGCUCGGAGAGAGCGUGUCUCGCCAGCUCUCUGCAGCUCACCGAGACUCAGGUUAAAAUCUGGUUUCAGAACCGCCGCAACAAGCUGAAGAGACAGUUAUCCACGGACAUGGAGGGGCCGCUGGCCGCCGAACACCUCUCAGAGGUGGGGAAAAAUGUGCAAUUACCAACUUUUUACAAAGACAGCAGCCUGCUAGGCGGAUGUUUGUUACCCAUGCCUUUCCCCAUCAUGUACCCGACUGCAACCGCUGCGCCUUACAUCUACUUCUCCAACACUGGCAAAUACUUUGGCCUGUUUGAUGCAGAUUGAUGGUUUUCUCUGUUUGGGAUCAGAUGGCAGUGUGUGUGGACAGUGGGACAUACAGUCUCUCCUGGUUUGUCUUUAGGCCUGUCACUUUUUUUAUUUUAUUUUUUAACUUCAUACAAAUCCUCCCAACUCUCUCAACAUAUCAACUAAUCCAAGACAUGCAUG